AUGACGGUAUUCGGAAAUUCAGGCAAAAAACAGGUGUUUCCUGCAGUAUUAGAUUAUGAAACAGAUGUUUCUCAGCGUUUACUCGAAGCUUGUUCGUGUAACGAUCUUGAAACGAUGUUAGACUGCAUCAACGAUCCGUUUGUGGAUGUUAACUUUGUUGGCGUUGUUUCGGUGAGGAUGCGUAUGGCAGAAGUGAUCUGCAGUGAUGAUGAAUCACCAAAUGUGGUUCGGUUUGAAUACCGGGAGUUGAAAAGUGAUGUCACUGCUUUGUUUGUUGCUGUUCAUAAUGGAAACAUGACUCUCGUUAGGAAGUUACUGAGCCAUGGAGCUGAUGCAAAUCAGAAGCUUUUUAGAGGAUUUUCAUUGACAGCGGCAGUAAGGGAGGAUCAUUUUGAGAUCUUUGAAAUGUUACUCAAAGCUGGAGCCUCUCAGCCCGCUUGUGAGGAAGCUCUCCUAGAGGCCAGUUGUCAUGGACGAGGUGGGAAACUUAUCAAGUUGCUUAUGGAUUCUGAUCAAAUUAGACCCCAUGUUGCUGUGCAUGCUCUAGUCACUGCAUGCUGCAGAGGAUUUACAGACGUCGUGGAUACACUCUUGAAGUGUGGAGUAGAUGUAAAUGCGUCUGCUAGAGUGCUCAUCCAGUCAUCUAAGCCUUCGCUCCACACAAACAUUCACUGCCCAGCCCUUGUGGCUGCUGUUGUUAGCAGACAGGUCUCAAUUGUUCGUCUGCUGUUGCAGGUUGGUGCUAAAACUGAUAUCAAGGUCCAACUAGGAGCAUGGUCAUGGGAUACAGAAUCGGGCGACGAGUUUCGAGUGGGUCCAGCACUAGCUGAACCUUAUACCAUCACCUGGUGUGCCGUUGAGUACUUUGAGUCAAGUGGUACCAUAUUGCAAUUGUUACUGUGCCAUCACUCCCCUAACGUCUACCACAACGGUAGAACACUCUUGCAUCAUGCCAUCCUUUGCAACAACACAGAAGCUGUCAAAACGCUUUUAAAAUACGGAUCCGACAUUGAAUCUCCAAUAAAAAUCACCCAAAAAACUGAAUUUCGGGCAAUACAUAUGGCUACACGGCUAGGGUGUCCAUCUAUUCUUCAACACCUAAUAGACUCUGGCUGUGACAUCAAUUCAAGAACUAAAACCAGCAAUGAGACCGCUACGAUGAUCUGUGCCAAGUUUAAGCGAGAAGAGUGUCUCAAAAUCUUGAUCAUAGCUGGUGUAGACCUCGGUUUGGUCAACAUGGUCGGUCAGUCUGCCCAGUCAUAUGCCAAAUCAAAUAAAUGGUCAAACACUUUUCAACAAACCGUGCUACAUGUCAUUAAAUCCGGAAUGAUACCCAUAUCUAGCAAUACUUCCUUCUUUUCGCCUCUAAUGUUUGUAGCUCAUUCUGGUGAUUUGCAAGCCUUAAAAGCUAUUUUAGGCAGAGGAAACAUCAACCUAAAUGAACAAGACAACAACGGUUUCUCUGCUAUCAUGGUGACUGCCAUGAAUGGUAAUGUUCAUGCCUUCAAACUUCUUGUGUAUGCCGGAGCUGAUGUGAAGCUUGUGAAUAAAAGUGGAAAGAACGUGAUUUCCUUAUCUAAAUUGAGCGAGAAUUAUGAACUGUUUGAAAAGGUAUUGCUACAGUAUAUACUAGAAAAGGGUAAAAGUGCCAAAGGUUUUUAUCCGUUACACUAUGCAGCUCGUUAUGGAGAUAUACACGCUGUAAAACUAUUGAUCACAAGAGGAUACGACAUAAACACUUCUGAUGGGGACGGAUAUACACCCCUUAUGUUGGCAGCAAGAGAAGGCAAUGUGGGAAUGUGCAAUCUUCUAAUCUCGUUCGGGUCUGUUUGCAGUUUCAAGAAUUCUAAAGGUGAAACCGCAUUGACACUUGCAAGAAAACACGCAGAGUGUGUUAUACUAGACGAGCUAGCUCGGGUGCUGGUAUUAGGUGGUGGGAAUGUGUUGAAACACACUAGGGGAGGAAAAGGAAGGCCACAUAAGAAAGUGUUGAAAAUGGUAGGGAGUGAAGGGGUUUUGAGGUGGGGUAAUUCAAGGAGGAGAAAUGUGGUUUGCUUAGAGGCCGAGAUGGGACCAAGUGUGAAAUUUCAAAAGCGUAGGAGGAACAAAGGUGAUACCGAUACAUCAGGGGUUUUCCGGGUGGUGACAGGAAAGAAGAAGAAAGAAGUGCAUUUUGUGUGUGAGGGUGGGCCUGAAAUGGCAGAGUUAUGGGUGAGGGGGAUAAGGCUUGUGACCAUGGAAGCCUUAAGGGGACAAUUGAAGAGCAGGGGCAUGAAUUGA